AUGUCGCUCGCCAAACGACUUUUACAUCCGCACUAUGUUGCAAACGUGGUCCUCGCCGCAGCCUACCCAGCAUAUCAAAUCAUAUUCCAUCCAGAGUGCCUGUCGAGCUCCAAUAUCGCUGCCAACUCCCGCUACAUCCUGCCAGGCAUGGUCCUGCUCUCGAUAAAAAUUCGCGGAUCUCAGUCCGCAGAGGAACUCGUCAGUGUCGUAGCACUGUACAUCAAGGUCUAUUCCCUCUACGGCUUUUGGGCCAUUGCCCAGGAACGUGCGGCUCUCUUGGGGAUGAGCUGGAGCGGGUGGUGGAGGGUCCUCCUGUUUCUAUUCGCAUGGCUGGCUGUCUUUAUUGCAUUUCCGCAACCGCCUUAUCAGGGUCCUUCGAAGAUCAUCUGGCUGGAUGCCGCACAGCUCGAGUACUUGACUACACCAGGUCAAUCAGGAUCAAAGGGCAAGGAGCGCGCGGUUGGUGAUUCCGGUCUCAGGAACCGUAGUUCAUCAGCAAAGAUCGUGGAACUGGAUGAGAAUGAGGAGCCACUGGAGGAUGGAGAAGUGGAUCGGGGGAAGACAUAUACUCAGGAUCAAGGGCGUAAGGAGAAGGCUGUGUCGGAGCUGGAUCCUAAUCAUUAUUGGAUUAUUGCAUUUAACGCAACAUGGAGCUCACCUUGUCGACUCUUUGAGGCUGUUCUGGCUCGAUGCUCGAUCAAAUACGAGAAAAAGAAUGUUCACUUUGCCAAGAUCGACAUGGAUCUGGUUCCUGAGGGCGAUCAGAUCGCCAAUCGGUUCAAGAUCAGUCUUGCAGCGACCACAUUGGAUCUACCGACGCUGAUCUUGUUCAAGAACGGCAGGCCCCUGAAGCAGCUCCCAUUGAAAGUGGGAACCAAGGUCGGAGGCGAGGUUCUGGGCAAGGUUGGAUGGGACCGAUCGGAGAGCUCAGUGGCGCAUGCCUUUGAGCUAGAUAAACUGGGCAGCGGCAAGGAGUCGUUUGCAGUGUGA